ACUGAGUUUGGAAACGGACGAGUCCGUACUUCCUGUUAUUGGACGUUUACCGAUCGAACUACAAAAAGGAGACAAAACAAGAACGAAACAACUUUGUUUAGAAAUUAUUUUUAUCUUUUAUGCAACCCAUAAUCCCGUUGUGAGUCUAAAGCAUAUGGUGGUUAUGCCUCUGUCGGAUCGAUCGAGCUCAGAUGGUGGAGGGGAACCUCGCAGUCCCCGGGCCCGGAGACCACGCACACGGUCCCGCAGCCGCCACCGCAAUGGCAGCCACGACCGGAGUCUGUCUCCGGAUAGUUUUGGCCCCAAACUUCCGAAGCCACGAAACAGGGAACGUGAACGCGAGGAAAGGGAGCGUAGAUUCCGGGAGGCGAGAAACAUCAGGCGGAUCCGCAUAGGAAGCCCCCGUCGUAGCCGGUCCCGCUCUAGGUCUCGGUCCCGGUCCAGGUCCAGAGAACGUCACAGCAACUUCAGCAGCACCACCAACGGCGGUCACAGCCACUGGUCCGAGCAGCGGGACGCUCCUGUCAAACACGGCAGCUUCAAAGAUGAUUAUUACUACGAGCAGCAGAGGGACGAUGCUCAGAGACAGAGACAAGAAGCUUUUAUUGCCAGACGUCUGCAAGAAAGAGAAAGGAUUGGUGAGUUAGGGUGCCCUGAAGUUUGGGGAUAUUCACCAAGAGUUAAAGAACCAGACUCUGAUGAAUUCACCCCAGUUGAAGAAGAUGAGAAAAACAGUAGCUCAGAAUUAAGUUCAGAAGAGGACAAAAAGAAGAAAAAGAAGAAGAAGAAAUCUAAGAAAAAGAAAAACAAAAAGCACUCUGAGGACAGUGAGCUGGAGUCUGAUUCAGAUGAAGAAAUUAAGAAGAAAAAAAAGAAAAAGAAGAGCAAAAAGUCCAAGAAGUCUAAGAAAAAGAAGGCAAAGAAAAGCCGUAAAGAGUCCACUGACUCCAGCAGUGAAGGGUCUGAGGAGGAGGAAGAGGAGGAUCCCAAUGGGGUGAUGUGGGUGGAGAAAACUUCCAUGGAUGAGCAUGUGGUCGGUCCUGAAGCUCCACUCACACACAUGUCACAGGAUGACAGACCUUUGGAUUUUGGUCAUGCGCUGUUGCCUGGUGAAGGUGCUGCAAUGGCAGAGUAUGUGAAAGCUGGCAAACGUAUCCCAAGAAGAGGAGAAAUUGGUCUCACCAGUGACGAAAUUGCAAACUUUGAGAAGUCUGGCUAUGUGAUGAGCGGCAGCAGACAUCGUCGUAUGGAGGCUGUGCGUCUGAGAAAGGAAAACCAGAUCUACAGUGCUGAUGAAAAGAGAGCUCUGGCGUCUUUCAACCAGGAGGAAAGGAGGAAGAGAGAGAGCAAGAUCCUAUCAAGCUUCAGGGAGAUGGUGUACAGGAAAACUAAAGGCAAGGAGGAGAAGUGAACAUCACAUUUUGCACAUUCUUUCAGCUUAUCCUCUGUUACGCCUUUAUUACUUUCAUGCAGUGUUUAUAUUUCAUUUGGGGAGGAUCCUAAAUCGGUUUUAAUUAUUUCUAAAGGGUGGAUGAUAGUAGGAUUUUUAGUUAAGAUGUAUGUUAGUUCUUGUAUUUUUCUGCCCCUUGAUUUCUAUCCGGAAUAUUUCUUCAGUUGUUGUUUUCAGUCAUUAUUUCUUAUUGUACAUUUUUUCAACAGUCCUGUGUAAACCAGUAGAUAAAUUUCAUUCAUUCGUUUUGUAUAAUAAAAACUUUCUGUGGAAUUAUUUGUAAUUACAGUAAAGUCAUCAUUAAAGUUUCUAUUUAUGAUACAUAUGAUUGGUUGUUCCCAGAGACUGUGACGAGCUCAAUUAUGACUGUUAAAGAUUGCAUUGCAUUUUCUAGGUUGUAAAUGUAUACAAAAAAGAUUAAAACCUUUAUUAUCUUG